AGUCGCUUUUAACCUCGGUGCGGUGAGAUGGGUCACAACAGCGUGGGAAACAGCAUCUUUAAUACAAGACUUGAUCUCGCUUUAACUCCGUACAUUGUAUCAAGGGUUGUACAACUCGCGACCGUUGCUUUAGAAACAGGAGGUAACAGCACUUGGCAAACCUCAGCAGAUUCCAGUACCCUACAUCUAGCCUCGGCUGUAUGACGAGGUCCGCAUUGGAACUACUUUCAAGUUCCCGGAUUUACCAACGGCGUUGCCCAUGACGACGCCUUUGAAGAAUGUUUUAUCAUACAAAUAUUUCAAAGCCUGAAUCUGUUUUUCUUUCAAGUUUAUCCGAUUUUCUUCAUACAAGGAGAACUUGGCACUGAAAAUUCUAAACACGCUUCGAACGAUGCAAUUUUGAUAACUUCUUUUUAAAAGCGGCAAGUUUUCCUAAUAGUAAACCGGAGCCGCAUCGCAAUUGUAUAGGCGUAGGUACAUAUCAUUUACCGUCAUACAGCCGAGGCUUGAUGUAGAGUAACGGAAUCCGCCGAGAUUUGCCGAGUGGAGGUGACAGGAGAGACAAAAUCACAAACUUCUCCGCAGUAAAUAAUCGCUCUGGAAAAUCUAUGUCAUCCCACUAAAUUUAAACAUUAUGGAAAAACCCAUACUAUUUCUACGUGUGCAUCAUUACGUCCUUAGGUAACCUACCAGUUUAACAGACCAGGAAGUAUUUGGACCUUCUUAAUAUAAUUACAAGAAAAACGAAUACCAAAAGUAUGGAUUAAAGUUGAUCCAUCAUCGAGAGGUUAACGAAGGAGUACACCAAGUCAGGAGUUUGUAUCAUAAAUACUAAAAGAUCUUCAGGUCACCAAUGAACCGGUCUAUACAAACAAACAACAAUAACGAAGACAAUGGCAACCCAAAUAAAUAUGCCCAGGGAAAUGCGCAAACACGUUGCAUCUAUGAUCAGCGAAUUUAAUCGAUUAGGGUCUUUCUUCUUUCUGAUUAACCAGUCUGGUUUUAAUUAUAAUAUUCGGUACGGGCCUAUAAGACUAGCUAAACAAGGUAUAUUUUACCACGAAGAAUAUAAUAUUUUGAUUUGUUAUUUCUGUGAAAAGGAAACCGACGUAGAUGAAUUAAGGAGCAACUCUAUAAUAAUUAUUCUACACAAAAGCACUUGUUCUUUUAAAGAUGGAUCACGGGACAAUUCUACAACCAAUAAUAUACCCAUCCAUCAUCCAGAUGAUGAACAAUGUCAACUAAUUAAUAAUGAACUACAUGAACGAUAUUGUGUAAAUGACAACAAUUGGUUUAUGUCAAUAUCCCAGGAAAACAGUGAUCAAACAUCAAGAGAUGGUUUGUUUGAUACGAUACUGCCGAUUCCUUUCAAUAAUUUUAAUAAUAAUCCUUUUGAUUUAGUUUCAACAAAUGUUACUGAUUUAACAUCUAAUAUGAGAAUAGAUAUUCCAGAAAGUCAACCCUUUCUGAAUAAUUUGUCAACGCAAAGCAACUCUGUUCCUCCCCUUCCAUUGGGUCUUCCGGUACCCUGUAAUCAGACUGUCGGCCAGCCAAACAUCCCUUUCUAUGUACCAUCACGUGACAGUAAUUCACCUCAUCACCGUGAUCCACAAGAAAGUACUGAUUCUGGAUUGAAGAGCGAUGGUGGAGUUCCUGAUCGUCCUUACUCUAAAUUUACUAAUAAUGGGGAAGUCCUUUAUAAUCAGAUGAUGGCAAAUUAUCAAAACAGAUUGAACACUUUCAAGAAUUGGCCCCAUCAUUCAAUUUCAUCCCGCGAUAUGAGUAAGGCGGGUUUAUAUAUGACAGGUAGAGGAGACUCUGUAAAAUGUUUUACUUGUGGUGUAAUUUUAAAAGACUGGGAUCCAACUGAUGAUCCUUUUACUGAACACCAAAAAUGGUCGACAGGCUGCUCUUACAUUGCUGAAAACUAUUCUAAAAGCAAAAGUGAAAAUAACGAGAAAAAAACUAAACUUGAAACCUUGUACCCAUCGGCUACUGGUACUAAUACUAUGCCAUUAUCAGUUCUAACUUCUACAGAAGCCGAAUCGUUGAGGGAAGAAAAUGAAAAACUGAAAAAUGAAACAACUUGUAGAAUAUGUUUAGAUAACCCAGCUGAGAUAUUGACCUUACCCUGUGCCCAUAUAUCGUGUUGUGCUACAUGUGCCGCACCAUUGAAAAAAUGUCCAAUAUGUAGACGAGUAAUACAAGGAACCGUGAAAAUAUUUUUAUCGUGAAACAAAUUUGAUGGAAAUAUACCAUUUAAGGCUUACCACAAAAAUGAUGGUUGGUAUAUUUAUAGGUUAAUUAUAAAAAGACCAUCUCAUACUGACCUAGUGUUAUAUGAUAUGUUUAUAUGGAUGUUUGUUGAUGGGAAAUAAUGUAAUUUAUUUAUAUUGCGGGUAUUAAUUUAUUUUACUGUGGAAAAUCAUUUCUUUUCACACAGUAUUGGGCCUAUUCAUGAUUAAAUGUAUUGGUUUCCUUGAAGAUUUCCUUAUAAAUUCAUUGCCCGCAGCAUAGCCGUAUGAUUCUUUUGGGGGUUCACUUGGAGUUAUUAUAAUGUUAUAGUGUAUCUUUGUAUAUAUGUUUAAUAAUAUUAAUUAAUUUUGGUUAAAGUAGCAACCGACCAAUGUCCUAAUCGAUAUCUCACUAAUAUGUAAGGAUUUUUACUGUUUGAAUUUAUACUUAAUGUAACGAUAUAUAUUACGUAAUUAUAGUUGACACUGGUUCUUCUUUAUUUACGCACAUGUUUGCUAUUUUUAAAUAGCAAACAUGUGCAUAAAUACAGAAUUUUCUUAUCCAAUAUUAUAAUUUAAUCCUAAGCUUGUAUAUAUGUUCUGCAUUCUACUAGCUGUAACUCGCGCUUAUUGUGGUUAAUCGUUUAUUAAAAGUAUGAUUUUAAUAAUUUAU